AAUAUUUAUGCAUACCGUCUAAGAGAAUCGGUAUUGAUUUCUCUCUUUUUUUUAUCUUAUUGAGUACGUUUCUGUUGCGAAGAACGCUUUCCUUACACGAAGAAGGCUACGUGCAGCAUUGAUGGGAAACGGGUUGAGCUCGACAUUGGGAAGCUGGACAUGGUGGAGGUCAUGGUGGAGAACGCCACCGCCACCGACACAGAAAGAAGUAGAUGAAAUGAGAAGGACUGUCAUCCGCCUUUUUGACGGUCAGCAACUUCUGCUUGUUGGACCGGUCGGAAGUGGAAAGUCAUGUUUGAUUAACAGUAUAAACCACGUCAUCAACUUGGAAGAUCCAAAUGCUCGUUAUCAGGAACUCGCAAGAAUAAGCUCAGGAAAAGCCAAUCAUGGAACUGUGACCUACCGCUCAUAUAUCGCUGAAAGAACACUCUUUCAUGCGUUGAAAGAGAAGAAUUUGUUAACUGAUCCUUCAAUUGCUCCUAGCCUCUUUGACGUUGCCGGAGUUGACAAGCAACUGCUAGACAGCGGAUUUAAUCUAAAGCAGCUUCUAAUCUGCCUUGUGAGAGGCCAAGUAAGGGAGUAUACACAAAUGAUAGCAAUUUUUAAUGAUGGAAGCACAUUGAACAACCUAAGCCAGCAAGCAGCAAUAGAAGCUAAUCGUGCAUGGUCAAUGAUCUGCGUGAUUUCGCUUAAUGAGCCGUUUCCUAAAGAGCUCUUGGAACAAGUCCAUAACGCUUUGAAUGAAACUGAAUCCCAUCAAGGAGGUGCAAAUGUGUUUGUUUUUUUAACUGGUACUGACAGGUUCAACCAAUGGGAGCGGCAAAGUAAAGUACAGGACUAUACGAAACAGUCUUGCGCAGCUCUAAAUAUUAUGGAGAAACGGGUAUUUGAAAUCGCAAACUACGUACCCACGGAAUUGAAUCAACGCUCUGAAAUGGCCAAAAAUUUGGAAAAGGAAAUGAAGAUAUUGCUUGCUCUAAAUUCCAUCCUUCAGAUUGGUUACAGACCUGAUUGGAGCUUUACUGACACACGCUCAUAAACAGUAUACUGUCCAUAUGUUGCUGUGUUGUAAAAUUUGCUGUUGGCGUGACGUCAUUUGGUUGAUACAAUAAAAAGCUUUGUGAAAUUACAUA